CGCGCCUGGGCGGGCCGAGCGGAGGCCCUCGGGGCGGGCGGCCGCGGCCUGCGGGUGAUGGCGGUGGUGGCCAAGCGGUUUGCAGGGAAAAACGGAGGGGGAAAUAAAUCCUGUGCGCGGAGGCCGGGUGCUGGUGCGCGGCUUCCCUCCGUGUCUGAGCCCCCCAGCGGGGUGGCUGCCAGCGCUUGUGGAGGUGAUCCUCCGAGCACACGGUCACUGCCGCAAAGGGAGCUGAUAAAAGCUCCUAGGGAAAGCUUAGAGCAGCCAAGGGUUGUAGGAUUGUUAGCAACGGUGCGGGUGUUGGCAUCCAACGCACCUGAAGUAAUUGAAGUGGGGGGUUUUUUUGCUAUUAGAAUGAAAAUAAGUAUUGAUCUUAUAUUGUGUUUCACUGUGGUAUGACAGCAUCCUUUUACCUUAGCUGUAUUCCGUGCUAAUCACAGUGAGACACCUGCUGUCAAUAGCCAUUAGUUAACAAAAUGUUGCAUACCAGACAGACUUCCAGAAUUAAAGAGCAUUUGCAAUGUAAGACCGAGUAAAAAGAUAAUCUUUGUAAUGCAGCGCUUAGUCACUUGAUGUGCUUUCCUGUAAAGGCAGAAAUAUUCCACAGUUCACCUGUUCAUUACCUUGCUGGAGAAGGCAACCAAGAAUAAUUGGAGGGGACGCACACACACACGAAUGAACAAAACAGACAAAUCACCCAUCCUCCAAACUUGUUGCAGAAAUUCCAGAAACUUGGCCUGUUUUACUCCAUAAAAAAAGUGAUGGACUUGGUUAUGAUAUAGUGUUUUCCGAUGCAUAGAGAAAAGACAAGAGGCAGGUGGGCACAAAUUCAAGCACAAAAAAUUCAGCUUAAAUGUAAUAAUAUAAAAAUGUAUUGUAAGGGCCAGUGUAAGGGUGGUCCAUAAUAAUAAUUUUAAAAAUACUGUAAUGGUGGAACAGGUUGAGCAGGGAGGUUGUGGAGUCUCUACCCUUGGAGAUACUCCAAACCUGACUGGACAGGAUCCCAAGCAACCCUUUCUAGUUCACCCUGCUUUGAGCAGGGACUUGGAUUAGACAAUCACAAGAGCUCCCCUCCAACUUCAAGCAUUAUGUGAUUACAUUCAAAGUACUCUUUGUAGGGAACUCCAGUCCUAGUUUUUCUGAGCUGGUAUUUAAUGUUAUCCUUUGUAAGUUUCUAGUACUUCUUUUCUCUUGUAUAUGUACAGAAGAAAAAAAAAAAAGCAGCAAACCAAGCCAAACUUGAAUUGAGUAAGUUCAAAUUCUGAUUUUGCAGAUUGUAACAUAGUGGAUGGAAAACCUACAUAUAUGGGUCUUAUGUAAAUUACAUUUCUAACCUUCAUUAGCAGCUGUUCGUGCAUGUUAAAAAGUUAAAAUUGGAACUGUUUAAAGUCUUCUGUUCACGUUAAUUGCAUGUAAUUGUUCUUUUUAUAUUAUUUUACAUUGUUAGUUUUCGUGCAUGUUUAAUUCUGUGUUGGGCUUUUUUCAUUGCGAUCCUUAAAGUCAUUGUCAACUAAUUUUAUUUUAAAUUGUUUAGAAACAUAUAGCUCAUGGCCUGGUCCCUGCUGCUACCAUAGCUCCUAAACCUGCAGUUCCCCGCACCCCUCCCCCUCGUAGUCCAAACCCUUCUCCAGAAAGGCCCAGCAUCCCACAAAUAGGCGCUUCUGUCUACUUGUACUUGACCUACUCUGCAGUGUGACAGCGUUUAUUAACAGCUUCAGUUACCAGUAAAAAGUUCAGAGUAGGGAAUAAUGGAAACUAGAAGGCAAAAUAACAGAAUAUGGAGCACUUUUUCAACACCAUGCCAGAUCAGCUCUAGCAGCUGCUAUCCUUGCAACAGCACUAACAGGGCGCACUGUUGCUAUUCCUCAGCCUCGGCAGCGAUCACUUUCUGAAAGUGAUUCCACCUAUGUGGAACAAGAAUGUUUUGAACCAUAUGCAACAGUCGCAGAGAUCGGAAUGGGUCCCAACUGGGAAUUUGAUGGUAGUGACAGAUCUCCUGUGCAGUCCCUGGAAAUAUCAGGCAAUUAUGGUGAGGAUGAGGACAUGGAUACCUAUCAUUCAGAUGCUGAGAAAGAGGCAAAGUCCAGCUGUCAGAGUAAUGAGAAAAGGGGAGAAAACAUUAGCACCAAUGCUGUUUAUGCUGUUUCCUGCAAGAAUAAAAAGGAAGAGUUUCCACCAUCUCCUAGUACAAAUGCUGAAAAGAAGGAGGCACCUUCUCAUGAAACUGAGUUUCAGGUGCUGGUGGAUGAGUCAAAUGUGCAAAUAGAAGAAGACCAACAUCUUGGCUUGAAUUUAAAGGAAGAAAAAUCAUUAGCUGAAAAUCUGAUACGUGGAAAGCCUCCGCCAUCCCCAGAUGUGUCUAUACAGGCAAGACAAGCACAGGAAAAUAUGAGUAAAGAGAAGUUCAGAGAACUAAAACGGGAAAACUGGUCUCUGAACAAGGCAUACCAGGCUAUGGUCCAGCAGUUUCAGGGAACAAAACAGCAAAUGGAAGAACUGCAAUUAAAGCUGAAGAGACUAAAACAAGAAAACACAACGCUUAAAGAAGCUGCAGAGAAGUCACAUAGAGAAGAGGAGGCUACAGAAUUACUUUCUCUUAGACAACAAGCGCAAGAACUGAUAGAUGAAAACGAUGCUUUGAAAAGGACGGUUCAUCGUUUAAAUGUAGAAUUAAGUCGCUAUCAAACUAAAUUCAGGCCAUUGGCCCAAGAAGAGCAUCUAAAACUGAAAAGUUUACCCAUGAAGGGGCCACCACCACCAUGGCUGUUGGAUAUGAAGUAUUUGUCACCUCUUCUCUUGGCUUAUGAAGACAGAAUAAGAGAAAAGGAAGAUUUACAUCUUGAACAUGAGAAAGAUAUGAAGAAUUUUAAAGUUCAAGUUGAAAAGUUGGUGAAGGAGAAUGAAGACCUGCAUGAACAAUUGAAUAAAAAUAACUUUAUUACCCCUACAGAAUGGCAGCAGCUGCAAACUCAAGCCAAGCUGGUUUUGGAAGAAAACGGAUUGUUGAUGAAGCAACUCAAAAUUCAACAAGCUAAAGCAAAAGAUACUCACAGACAACAUGUUCAAGAAGCUUCAAAAUUGACCAAACAGAUAAUGAUCUUAGAAGAUAAGAAACAGAGUCAAGAAAAAGAGAUAGCAGAGUACCAGAGGCAGCUGGAAGCUUUGCAUUCUACUUGUGAAGAGCUAAAAGCCAAGCUGAAUAGCAGAGUAGCAGCAGAGGAGCACUUUGCUUUGGUGAACGAUUUAAAAAGUAAUUUACAACAGGAGCAAGAGAAAAAGCAGUGUGAGGUGGAAGAUCUGAUGGGAAAGAUAGCAUCACUGCAAGCUCAGAACAAGAAACUGCUUUUAGAGAAAAAUAACUUCGUGGCUGACAAGAAGAUCCUGGAAACUGAGAUGGAAAUGACACAAAAGACAAACAGACAAUUAAAGAAGAAAAUGGGUCUUUUGAAAGUGCACUUGGAGGAAGCAACAGAAAAAGAAGUUGCAGCCCAUCUAUAUCUAACAAACCUCAUUGGUUUAGUGGAGAAGAUAACUCAGGAACGUGAUCAUCUUAUGUUUUUGGUCAAAUGUUUGGAAAAAGAAAAUCAUGGUGUUCUCAACAAAAUAGUACAAGGGAGUCUACGCUUGGGAAGGUUGGAAGAAAAAGUUAAGGUAUAUAAAAAGAAAGCAGCUGGAAAGCUUGGAGAUAUCAGUCUUAAGAUGAUUGAGCAGGAGAAAGAAUUUGCUGGGAAGACUGCUUGGUACCAGCAUGAAGUGAAGCAGCUCCAGCGUCUGCUGCAAGACAGGCAGGAAACCCUGGAUGAAGUGCUGCAGCAGAAAAGGAAAACAGAAGGGGAACUUGAAAUCAUUUGGGAAUCCACAUCCAAAGAAAACAAGAGAAUGCGAGAACUCUUAUAUAAAUCCCAGGGAAAGAACACCAUGUGGCGCACUGCCAUAGCUCAUGAGCCACACUUAGAUGAAAGCUCUCAGAAGGACCUACUGUAUGGACAUGAUUUUAGCUAUUGUGAUGUGAAACUUUCAUCCCCUACUAAAAAUGAAACUGAGCAAGAAUUUCAGUGAUAAGAACAAAGAUGCGUUAUGCAUCUCAGCCAAGAAAGAGAACUCAGUGCCUGAAGUUGACUCUCAACACCACAAGAUGUAAUGGAAGAUCUGCCCUCUUCAAAAUGGUUGUAUUUUUAACGUCAUCAGAAUAAAGACCUCGUCUUAUUCUCCAUCUGUACCAUCAGCAGUGUAAAUUUAGCGUAAAAUACGACUUCAGGUUUUGAAGAAAAAGCUGUUCCUUGUUAAGGCAAAACGUGGCACAGCUUGAAGUUCACAUAAAAGACACUUACCCAGUUAACAAACCGGUAAGCUUGGCCUUUAAGCACACAUACCUUGCCACAAAACAAGCAAACAGCAAGCCAGGCAGCCUCUGGUACAGUAAAUGACGUGUCUCUAUUAUAUGUUUCAAUUUACAAGACAAAUUCCAAUAAAUUCUUCCCAAGUCACCAAAUAAAGGACACAUGGAGUAUGACCAAAGUUGAAAAAAA